GUAAAAAGAUUAUUUAGACAUUAACUUUGUUGAUCAACCAGAUCAUUCUUGAUUAGGUUCUUUGCUUGUUUACUACAAAAAUCAUUGAAAAUUUUUCUUAAUCUGUUUGAUUGAAACUUGAAAGAUCAACUUGAACAAAAAUAAAAAUGGCCCAUUAUGGUAUUCAAGCAGCUGUUACAGCAAAAACUGCAUCAAAACGAUCACCAAAUGUUGAACAAGCAUUACUUAGCUGGAUAUUUGAAAAUAUUGGUGAAAAAGUACCUGAAGGUAUUGCAUAUGAAGAAAUAUUAAAAGAUGGUGUUGUUUUGUGUAAAUUGAUGAACAAAAUCAAACCAGGAGCAAUCGAUAAGUUUGCUUCCGGUGGUAGUGCCUAUAUUCUUAUGGAGAAUAUUAAUAAAUUUUUAAAAGCAGCACAAGAUUAUGGUGUUCCACAUGAUCAAUUGUUUCGAACAGUUGAUUUGUUUGAAAGAAAAAAUAUACCCGAAGUAACAGCCGGUAUUAUUAGUUUGGCUCGUGUUGCAUGCAACAAUCCGGAUUAUAAAGGAACACAAUUAGAAAAAUGGGUAUUUGCAAACAACUAAAUGAAGAACAAAAAAAAAGAACAAAAAAAAACUAAU